AUGUCUACAAACUCCUCUCGUCCUCAGGAUAGUUCUAUCCUGGGCGAGUCUUGGGUAGUGGCAUCGUCGUUCCCCGACAAGGAAGACCGGCCGAGUAAGGACCGGCCUUCUGAAAGCUCAAGUCAAAGCCGUCACCUAAACAAAGAGACUGGCCGUCAUGAAUGUAACAAUGGAUCCGACUCAAUGACUACAUCGGCCUCCUCCAUAUCAGGACCCGAACUCAUUAUGCCCUCAAUCUACGAGACACCUAUCACUGAAGGUUCCUGGGUUGCGCCAGCUGUGCGAUCCAAAUCCAAGGCCGCACAUUCUCUUAGGCGCAGACAUAACGCAGCGCGCGAAAGCACACCCCGAGGAGAGAAACAUGACCUAGAUACGUCCAAGGACGGUGGCUCUUCUGAGCAAGGGCCGGACUCUAGUCAGGUAGAUGAGAAGCUCGCUCGUCCAAAGUCAGCAUCAAGGUCUAAAACGUUGGAAACGCUGAUUCGAACCAUAAUAAACGUGCUACUUGUUGUGGCCAUUUCGCAUUUGCUCAUCAUCCCCGAAGUAGUCCAGCAGUAUCAAACUCUCUGCACGAUAGAAACUAUUUCCACUCUAUACCCGGCCAGUUGUAUUCCACCCUACCCCCAGCCUCAGCCCAACCGUCACCGUGCAUCCCGCUCCGACACCCUCGUAUCCUCACAGAUACGGCUAGAAGCCCUAUUCAACACGACUCUGCAUGCUAUGACCCCACUAUCGGACACACUGAAACAAAGCGAAUCGAAGCUCCGCGACAUCGAGACGGCGCUAAAGAAGGCGUACCCGGGCAUGAAACACGAGCUCGACCUCGAAUUUAACGGCUGCUGGGAAGCCACCAGAGCCGCCACCAAGAAAUUCGAUUCCCUCAAAGUUGAUAUCCGUUCUGCGGUCGAUAAUUUAAUCGCAACCAGCGGGGCUACGACAGGUGACGCCCAAUCCGCCGCUCAGGGCACCCGCCUAUCGACGCAGAUGUCGUGGCGUGAACAGUAUCUGGAUCAGCUGACUGCCCGCAUGCAGAACAAAGCUGACUCUUUGUCGAAUGAUCUCGCCACGCUAGAUGACCACCUGGAAUCUAUUGGCAGCAUCUUGGUUCGGGAGAUGAAACAAUCACCGACAUCUCUAGGUACAACAGACUCCGCUGCGGAAUCUCCUGUCGGUGGACUCCGGGCAUUUGUUGACAAAUUGCCUUCGUUUUUCCGCCAAACAGCGGACGGAGACGGCCCAACUCGUCCGGAUUUGUCGAUAUCUGAGCUCUUCCGGGACGCUGCGGAGCAGCAUCGGCCCGUCGUUGAUGCUGUGCGACGAUUGUCCUCAGAGUUGCAAACCUUGCAGAAGAAGAGGACAUACUGA